CACUAAAUUAAACGGGACAGAGAGACGCAGUAUCAGAACAGACCUCUUCAUUGUUGCUGUCUGUGUGAGAGAGAGAGAAAAGUGAAGAGACUAUCUAUAUAGUGGUGGUUCUGAUCUCGAAUAUCGGAGACAUUCGUUCGGGGGGGGUUCAAUUGGUAAGCGGCGAUGGCGACUUAUAGUUCGGAGCGACUCCCGAGAACGCCGGCUACUACCAGAUUAGCGAUGACGCCUGGUUCUAGGGUUUUAAAAAGCCCUUUGAGUGAAGAAGUCAUGUGGAAGCGCCUCAAGGAAGCUGGUUUUGAUGAACAAUCCAUCAAGCAGAGGGAUAAAGCCUCCUUAAUCGCUUACAUUGCCAAGCUCGAAUCUGAGGUCUAUGAUUAUCAACACAACAUGGGUCUUCUCAUUUUGGAGAAAGACCAACUCUUGUCCAAGUAUGAAGAGGUUAAGGCCUCUGUGGAUGAAGCCGACCUAGCACAUAGGCGAGAUCUAUCUGCAUAUGUCUCUGCCUUGGCUGAAUCCAAGAAACGAGAAGACGGUUUGAAGAAAGACGCUGGGAUUGCUAAAGAGUGUAUCUCUAGUCUGGAGAAGACUUUGCAUGAGAUUCGUGCAGAAUGUGCUGAGACGAAAGUUUCUGCUGAGAGUAAAAUGUCUGAAGCUCAUACUAUGAUUGAGGAUGCUCUUAAGAAAUUUGCAGAUGCUGAAGCAAAAAUGCGUGCAGCUGAAGCUUUACAGUCAGAAGCUAACCGGUAUCACCGGAUUGCCGAGAGAAAAUUGAAGGAAGCUGAAAGUCGUGAAGAUGAUCUUGCUCGGCGUCUUGCAUCUUUCAAAUCUGAGUCUGAAACGAGAGAGAACGAGAUUGUUAUUGAGCGACAGACUUUGAGUGAGAGGCGAAAGAGCUUGCAGCAAGAGCAUGAACGGUUAUUGGAUGCAAAAGCUUCACUAAACCAGCGAGAAGAUCACAUUUUUGGUAGAUCCCAAGAAUUAGCUGAACUUGAAAAGGGGUUACAGUCUGCAAAGACCAAUUUUGAGGAGGAACGUAGAGCCUUGGAGGACAAAAAGUCCAGUUUGGAGAUCCAAUUAGCUUCGCUUGCUAAACGAGAAGUGGCCGUCACUGAAAGGGAAUCUUCAUUACUUGAGAAAGAGCAAGAGCUGCUUGUUGCUGAAGAAAAAAUUUCCAGCAAGGAAUCUGAACUGAGUCAGAAGGUCUUAGCGAAUCAAGAAGCUAUCCUGAGGAAAAGAAAAUCGGAUGUGGAAGCUGAGUUGGAAAGUAAGUGCACAUUGGUGGAAAAUGAAAUCGAGAGCAAGAGACGGGCUUGGGAACUAAGAGAGGUUGAUAUCAAGCAGAGGGAGGACCUAGUUGGUGAAAAGGAACAUGACUUGGAAGUUCAAUCAAGGACAGUGGCAGAGAAAGAAAAGGAUAUAACAGAGAGGUCUUAUAAUCUUGACGAGAAAGAGAAGCAUCUGAAUGCUGUAGAGGAAGAUAUCAACCGUAAGACAAAUCUACUGGAGAAUGAGAAGGAACGGUUAAGAAAGUUAGACUUGGAUCUGCAGCAGUCUUUGAUUUCUUUAGAAGACAAGAGAAAACGCGCUGAGUCUGCAACGGAAAAACUAGAAGCCUUGAAGAGUGAGACAAGCGAAUUAUCCAUUCUGGAGAUGAAACUCAAGGAGGAGCUAGAUGAUAUGAGGGGUCAAAAGCUUGAACUCCUGGCUGAAGCGGAUAGAAUGAAGGUGGAGAAAGCUAAAUUCGAAGCUGAGUGGGAACACAUUGACGUGAAAAGGGAAGAGUUAAGAAAAGAAGCUGAAUACAUUACUCGUCAAAGGGAGGCUUUCUCGAUGUAUCUCAAGGACGAGCGUGACAACAUCAGGGAGGAAAGGGAUGCGUUGAGAAAUCAGCACAAGAAGGACGUGGAGGCGCUAAACCGAGAGCGCGAAGAAUUCAUGAAUAAAAUGGUGGAGGAACAUUCAGAGUGGCUUAGCAAGGUACAGCGCGAACGUGCUGAUUUCUUGUUGGGGAUUGAGACGCAGAAAAGAGAGUUGGAGUAUUGCAUUGAGAACAAACGAGAAGAGUUGGAGAACUCUUCGAGGGAGAGAGAGAAGGCUUUCGAGCAAGAGAAGAAGUUGGAAGAGGAGCGUAUACAGUCCCUCAAGGAGUCGGCGAAGAAAGACUUGGAAAAUGUCCAAGUGGAACUAAAGAGGUUGGAUGCGGAGAGGCUGGAGAUCAAAUUGGAUCGUGAGAGGAGGGAAAGGGAGUGGUCUGAGUUGAAGGAUUCGGUUGAGGAGCUAAAGGUUCAACGAGAGAAACUAGAGACGCAAAGGCAUAUGCUUCGAUCUGAAAGAGAAGAAAUCAGACAUGAGGUUGAAGAACUGAAGAAGUUAGAGAAUCUGAAAGUUACACUAGAUGAUAUGUCAAUGGCUAAAAUGCAGCUGUCCAAUUUAGAGCGUAGCUGGGAAAAAGUGUCUGCUCUGAAGCAGAAGGUGGUUGUUACACGGGACGAGGAACUAGACUUGCAAAAUGGAGUCAGCACUGUGAAUAGCGAAGAUGGUUAUAUUAACUCAAACAAUGGCUCAAGCCCUUCGUCCGCCAUUCCAUUUUCAUGGAUAAAGCAAUGCACUAAUCUGAUAUUCAAGACUCCUCCUCCAGAGACGUCGCUUCCAAUGUAUCAUCAUGAAGAAGGAGGAGGAGGAUUGCCUUCAGAAAAGUUGAAGCUAGAUUCAUCGAAAAGAGAAGAAAAGGCUUACACCGAGGGGCUGACUAUUGCAGUUGAAAGACUCGAAGCCGGAAGGAAAAGAAGAGGUAACAACGCAUCUGGAAGUGACACUAAUGAAACAAGCAAUCACAAGAAGAGGAAACAUGAUGUUACCCGUGAAGCUGAUCUGGAGAGUGUAAUUUCAAGCCCUCAGAAUGUGCCCGAGGACAAACACGAACUGCCAUCAAACCAAACCCAGGCACCACCAAGUGGUAUGGUAGUCCUCAGUGAAAUCGUGAAGAUCACAGAAGUAACGUGUGAGACAGAGGUCAUCAACGAAGUGUCAAACAUUGACUGCUCAGAUGAUCCUUCCGAAGCAGGAACAAAGAUGGUAGAGGAGGAGAAACAAGAUAGUGAUUGCAAUCAGACCGGGAUAAAGGUGAAGGAUUCUGACGAUGGUGGCAUUGUAACAUGAGUUAGCUGACAGGAGGUAUAAAGCAUAUAAGGAACUCUAUGAAUCCUUAAGGGUUUGUUACUGUAUUAGAGUUGAGUAUGUAAAUGGAUUUGGUUGGUUUUAAAACUCUCUGGAGAGUGAUUAUUAUUAUUUGUGUUUUUUUUUUUCAGAUUUUAAGUGAGUAGAGUGCUGGUAGGUAGAUAAGAAUCGUUGAUUUAAUGCGUGUUGCAGUGUUUGCCUGAGAAAAUGAUUUGUCGGUUUUCAAAGACUAUGAGUUUGAUUAUCAGUUUCGGGUUUUUAUU